UAACAAGAUCCGGUAGCUGUCUAAACAAAACGUAAACUCGGAAGCAGAGUGCACCUGGGUAGAGACGGCAUAUUUUCUGUGUGGAGCCAUACCUACAUUGUACAUUUACAUGUAGGUCACCAUUUCAAACAUGCUCCUGGGUGAACGCAUGGAGAGGAUCAGCUGAUUUGGGGAUUUUCUUAAAGAACAGUAGGAAAAAACACUUGCCUUGUCAGCUGAGCUCAGGAGAGAAAGCCCAUUGCGUACAAAUCUUACCUCAGGGGACUUACACACAUUGCAGUUCCAACGGCUGACCAGACAUUGAGUGUUACACUGAAGAGAGGCUUGUGGGCCGUACAAAGAUGGCUGAUUCAGCAGGUCAUAUGAUUGGUCACCAUUGACCCUUGACCCCUGGCCUGUUACAACGAGAUGACCUCCAAAGAGGUGACCAUGGAACCAGAGGAGGUCUCAGUCAUAGUCCAUGGAGCCCGAGGGUUGAAAGGUCGGAAAGCAGGACGACACAAGUAUUCUGUGAUAUUUGGUCUGGGAGGGAAGAAGUACCGUACUGACGUAGUGAAGGACCCUACAGGCUGCCCAGACUGGAAUGAGGAGUCCACAAUAAAAGUGUACAACAUAGAGGACAGUGUAUUUUUCACGGUGACAGAAAAAGAUGAUGUGUUGGGGCACUUGUCCUUCCCACUCAUGUCCUUACAGACCACUAAAGGCCGCAUUACCAAGGCCCCUCUUCAGCCCCACAAGAAGUGCCCCCAGCCCCAAGGGGAACUCAUCUACCAGUUGUACAUUUCCAAGACGCGUUCCUCGGACCAGACCCCAGUGAUACGAGGGUCCAACUCAGACACAUCCCGUCCACGGCGAGGAUUCGCAAAGUUAAAACACAGCCUGGCCACGGCGCCAAUACUGCCUCACCGCUUCCACAAGGCCAAACACACAAGUGGUAAUAAAUCCAGCACGUUGUCCAACCUCAACAAGAAGUUUUCACAGUCCCUCCAUGACCUGUUUAAUAUCUCCCGCGGUACAGUCAAUGAUGAUGACGACGAUGAAGCCGUUGAGGAGAAGCCAGCCAAUGGUCACCUGCGCAAGCGUGCGGUCAGUGUGAACUACAUGGAGGAGAUUGGUCAGGAGCCUGAGCUGACCGCAGUAACGCCCUCAGAGGGGCCGACAACUGGUGGAACUCAGCUAGUCAUCAUUGGGAAGCAUCUUGGGGCGGAGUUAGCCGAGGUGACCAGGCUAACUGUAUGUGGGUGUGACUGCCUGGACACCCUGGAGUAUGAAUCGCCCAUGAGACUUUACUGCACGACCAAACGUUGGAAGGCUGGCAAAGGCGACAUAGUGAUACGAACACUAUCUGGGGGCCAGCAUGUGCUAGAAAAUGCGUUUACGUUCAUUCAGAAAGGCCCCGUCAUUGACGAUGUAGAUGGGUUUGAGGAGUCAAGCACUGAUCCCCAUGACAACGAUAAUGGGAUCAUUUUUAACGCAGAGCCACCAAGCCCCACCCCCAAUAACCUGACCGAUAAAAACAUGGUGAUGAAGUCCAUGCCUAACCUGUCUGACGCUGGAAAAGACACCCUAAAACCUGAAGAAACUAAAAAGUCCUUGUUCAUCAAGAAGUCCAACGAAGGUUCCGACAACAAAUUUAAAAAGAAGGAUAACAAUAAAGGAGCAAAACAUCAUGCAAGGCGGAGCAGCGAAUCUCAGAUAUUUCAACGAGACGACAACAAUCGGAGAAGUUGGUCAAAAGCAGAAUUGGUGGCUGAAGUUAAACGCUUGGAGGAAGAAAACAAAGAGCUCAAAAAGGACAAUACAGAUAUGAAGUCUUACAUCGAUAAGCUGGUGGCAAAAGUCCUCACCCAUUGCCCUGAGGUCCUAGCUAUGGCUGAUGAUGAUGAAAAGCUGUAGCAGGCAUCUGAUUGGCUAUAAAAGUCGAUCAAUAUUUUAGUCACAUGAUUUGGAAAGCCAUUGAAAUUGGUCACUUUCCCUUGAGUUUGUGAAAUCAUCCAAUAACUUGAUCUGAAUAAGUCACAUGAUCUGAAGAAAAUACUUUACUUUUAUGAACAAGUCUAGUUAUCCGCUGAUUUUUUUACUUUAAGUUACAACACAUAAAGUUUUUUAUGAACAACAUAGUUCUAGAAUAUUCUCAGUCACAUGCAAAUACUUUCACUGAAAGGCUUAGUAAUGGACAUUUAAUUCAGAAUAAUGAGUUGAUCUUGGUGGAGAAUUGUAAAGAGAUCUGGGUUACAGCAUAUGAUAUUAUUUUUUGGACAGUUGUGAUAGACACAUGUAUUUCAAACAUUUAUACUCCUUUUUUUGUAUGUGUCACAGAUUGUUAUCCUAAAACUGUCCAUGUCUUUUACAUGUGUACAUGUAGACCUAUGCAUGGUUAAAUAUUGCUCUGCCAAACCGUCUGUUCAUAGCAUUACAUUUAUAUCAUGCAUCAAGGUCACAAAAUACUAUAUGUAGAAGUACUGCUAUGCUAUAGAUAUGUCUAUUAUAUACUAUAUACAUUUACAAAAUCUCAUGGAGUUAUAAUGUACUGGACAGGUGCAUUAUUCAGCGUGGCGUAAAACACCAUUGUGUUUCUAUACAUGUGCACAUAGGAAUCCUGUAUUUCACCUAAAGUUUAGUAUGCUUAAAGUGGCAAAUAAAGACUGGAAAAUGAUGCCAACACUGAAAUUUUCCUGAAUUAGAAAUGAAUCAAACUUCACAAAAAGCUUUUAACUGGCCCUUUUAAAGAUGGAUAACUCAGUCAAAAUCAACCAGCAUACAUCACCUUAAAAACAAUAAAGUCUUGGUGAAAUAUGGUAAAUUCUUGGUAAAUAUAAAUGAUAUGCCAUACAACUCUAUCUAGCCAGGACGUGUAUGCAUGAUGUAUUCCAGUACCUACUGAUAUUUACUGUUGCUUUACCUGUAUUUUUUUUUUGCCAAAUACAGGAGUAGAUAAGUUAUAUGCAUGUAUCUUCAUAUAUAGCAAAUGCCAUAACAGAACAAAUGUUACGUUUUAUCUUUAUAAAUAUGUGUUUUACACUUAUCCACUUUUCUCCAUAUUUUUCAGGGGCAUUACACAUACAUUUAUCAUCCAUAUUUGACAGGUUUUCACACAAUGCCAUACCCUUGUACGGAUUUUGAAAUGUUUGAACUUUUGUGUAACUCAAUCAUGACAACAGAUUUUUGUUAGAGGUUUCUAUUUUUCUCCUCAUCGUGACUUUCUUUGUGGUAUGUGUCCUGGUGAAGUUAGUCAACUUCUGACAAUCUAAAGGAUUCAUGAAACGUUUGUUUUUCAUGUCUUCAUUUAUUAUUUAGAAUGUUUUUAAAACAGUAAAAUGCAUUUGAAAGUUCAGGUUCUACAGUGGCCUUUGCAGUCAGUAUUGGGACUAGUGACAUCACAUCAGGUUUUCGCUACAUGUACCUAACACUCGUAGACUGUUACAUUUCAUCAUUAAUCAUGUAAAUACUGUACUCAUAGAUUUAUGAAUACAUUUGCCAAACAAGCUAAAAAAUGUGGAUGUGACGUCACUGAUACCCUCUGGUUCAUUACAGCGCAGAUGAUGUUUUAAGACCAUUUUACUGGGUUAGAAACAUUCUAAAGAAAUAAAUCAAGCUGUUUUCUUGGGGAGUGUUUAUUGGUCUUUUAUCUAAUACUUCAUUUUAGCAUUGUCUUUCGCAGCCUUUGGAAGGCAGUCUGUGAGUCCAGAAAUUAAGUACGGUAACAUAGCCUGCAGUCCAGUGUGCCGUGAGAUAUAAUAUACUCCAACAAUUUCCAUUUCACAAAUAACCAUAAUCUUAAACUCAUAAUUUCACAGUUACUUUGCAUGAAUCCUUUAAAAUCAUUAAGGCCAGAUGAGGACCUGCCCCAGACACUGCACACGUGUUAAUAAUGUUUAUGGAUUGCCAUUUUCUGAUUUACAUUUCCCCCACAUAAAUGUGCAAGCUUCUUCUUGUGGUAAAUAAGAUCUUUAUUUCUCCCUUGUUUUAGUAAUAUUUAUUUUAUAGUUUAUUUGCCUCCUUGUUUUGGAUGUUCUUUCUUUUUGGAUAUGUUCUGUAUUUUCUUCCUGUUUAUUUAAUAAGUGUUUAUUUUGUUACAUGUAUUUGACAAAAGUUGGCAGUAAGAAAGUAAACAGAUGUUUUGCUGUAGAGAAAAGGGCUAAAUUGGAAACAUGUAUGUUGGGUAUCUAGUUAAAUUAAUGAAUUAAAAUAUGAACUUGUGCAGAAUUUUUAAAAAAAAAGACAAGAUAAAUCCAGUAAUUGUUGUUAAGAGAUGGUAACACACUCUUACUUGACAUAUACUGAGUCUGUUGUAACUGUACAACAACAAUUUCUAAUUGCCAAAUCACAGGGAUUUUCACAGCCUGUUAUUUCUGGGACUAUAUUAAACUUCACUGGUAUCUAGAUGUCAGGUAUCUGAACUGUAUCAACAGCCAUGUGAUACGUAUAUAUAUAUAUAUGUACAAAUAAUCCUAUAUGGAUUUUAUGAAGUGAAGUCCAGCUGAUGCCAGCUGGAAGUGUGAAGGUCUGCCAGCAACCAGCGGAUGGUCAUAGGUUUCCUCUCACCAUAAUGCUGUCUGCUGUCAUAUAAGUGAAAUAUUCUUGAGUAUGGUGUAAAACACCAAUCAAAUAAAUAAAUAAAUAAAUAAAUUUUUUUAACAGAAGACCCUUGUAAACAAAUAAAAGGAUAUUAAAUUGUUGAUGAAUAUAAGUCAAAGAAGUCGAUCUGAAGAAAGUUUUAGAUUUUGAGAUAUGUUGUUUAUUUUUGCUCUUUUGGGUAUUGUGUGUAAGUGCAUGUGUAUUUAUGAUUUUCAUAUUCUCUGUUUUUUUGUUUAUCACUCAGUUAUGGUAAAGGCCUUUGAAAUGGAAAUAUUAACCUGGAGGCUGUACCUGUGUGUAUAUUUGCUCCCUUAUUGAAAUGCGUACAUGUCACAGAUCAUAUUUCAUGUGAAAGAGGAGAUUCAGAUCUGUAUCUGUACCUGUACCUUUACACCAGAAUUCACUUGUACAAAUCUUACAAAACUUUGUGGGUAUACACAUGUUGAUUUGUGCAUAUAAAAAGGUGGUGAAAAUGUAUAUGUGUUAAGCACAUGUACAGCUCUGUCAAAGGAUACUAUAAUCCCACUGAGAACUGUUUUAGCCCUAAUUCUGACCACCUGACCCCACAUCUCCCCCCAUCCCCCCUCCCUCUCAGUGAAAUCAAAAUGUAUAUCUAUGAGCAUUGGUAUUUGUAGUAAUAAUAAGAUAUAGCAUUGGUAGCCACAGUAAUGAGAAGAGCUACAUGUAGCAUUGAUGGCCACAGUAAUGAAAGAUCUAGUAUUGGUAGCCACAGUAAUGAGAAGAGCUACAUGUAGCAUUGAUGGCCACAGUAAUGAAAGAUCUAGUAUUGGUAGUCACAGUAAUGAGAAGAGCUACAUGUAGCAUUGAUAGCCACAGUAAUGAAAGAUAUAGCAUUGGUAACCACAUUAAUGAGAAGAGUUACAUGUAGAAUUGAUGGCCACAGUAAUGAGAAGAGCUACAUGUUGCAUUAGUGGUCACAGUAAUGAAAGAUCUAACAUUGGUAGUCACGGUAAUGAUAAAAAAACAAUUAUACUGUUUUUUCAAUUAUCAGUUGUGACUGUGUGUAAGGCAAUAGAGAACAGAAAUCUAAACUAGGGAUAACGUUUGAGAAGAACAGUUAUAGUUUUCUCCUUGUGAAUCAGAACUGGUCAAGCGGCGCACAAUAUUUUGUACAUCAUUAUUGAUGUAUCAUUGUCCUAUAUGUGCAACAUCUUUGUGAAAGUGGGCCCCAGCGUGUUAAUGACAGUACAGUUUGUUCAUUCUGAGAAUUUCAACUCCUUCAUAUUUACAACCCAUGUAUAUUUAUGUUUAUACAUGCAUGUUAUUUUUUUUUUUAGGCAUAGCAACUACACUAAGUUGAAGUUUUGAGAAAAAUAUUACAUGCAGACACCCAUCUAUUUCUGGCUCAGGCAUUUGUAAGCAAAAUAAUUCUGCAAUAAGCAGGAAUUGAUGCUGCAAAAAUAAAGAGAAACUGAUGCAAGACCUGCCGUCCACAAGAUGAAGUGAACACCGACUAUGAGAAAAUCAAGAUAUGAGGUUCUCAGGAAUUUUGUAUUAAGAUGCAUCGAUCAUCCACCAAGAAAAAUGGCGUUUACAACUUAAAUUUUGAGGCCUGCAUGAAUUUAUGGUCUGUGGAUCUGGGUGGCAUACUAUAUAUUCAAUUGUCACUAUAGUCAUGUUUCAUAAAGCUACAUAUAUAUUUUUUUAAGUUCAGUGUAUACCUGUACUUGAUCUAAACAAAAUAUAUGGAUAUUUGUGAAUAUUUCCUUUCAUACUCCACAUCAUUUUUGCAUGGCUUAUCCUCUGAGUUUGUAUCCAUUACACAAGCGAGUCCAGAUUAUGUUCUGUGGUACUGUACAUGCAUGUAUGAACACCGAUUUAAGACUGUUACCAGAGACUUGCUUGCCUUUAACAUGUAAAUACUGUCCAUCAAUGUAUAUAUCUAUUAAUGUACAUGUAAUAUGAUCUGAUUGCAGUAUUGUUCUAGAUCCUCUUUUUUGUCAGUUUCUGUACAUCAUUUCCUGUCUUAAAAAAUACUGUUUGCUCUUUCUUAUGUGGAAAAUGUCAGUAACAUGCAUUUUUUCUGUGUUUAAUAUUCAAAGCUAAUUAGGUUUAUGAUACACAGUCUACAAUUAUGUAAUCAUUUGAAAUUUUAGGUCAAGUUGUAUUUGAGAAGUACAUGUUUGGAGAACCCAGUGAGAGAACUAUUUUAUGUGAACAAUGUAUAAAGUCUUCAUCUUGUUACACUUGUUGUGUUAAGAAAGGCCAGUACAAAUGGAUGGUAUAGUCAGUAAAUUCCUGGUAAGAGGGCCUAUAUGCUUGAGUUUUGUACCCCAGUGUUAAAGAAAUCAUUUGUGAUUUUAUCAUUAAAAACCUGCUCGCUAUUGAAAGUGUCACUUGUCACGGACAUGCUGUGGGAAUUCAUGUAUUUUUGCUACACCGUUCUUUUAUAUGGUACCCAAUUGACUGUGAUGGUUUUGAUGCACACUACUGAUCCAGUCCUGUGGUUAUACGCAUGUCUGCGACACAACACAGCAAUUAAAGCUGAUCAGUCCUUGUUGUUAAUCAGAUUUAAAAUCUGUGGUGAUUUUAGCCAAGGAAUCAUUUUGGUGUGGGAAGGUUUUUAAUACUAUCUUAAGCAACAAAGAAUUUAUUUUGAAAUCAAAGUGUGCCUUUUUUCUGCAUCGAAUGUUUCACAUUUCAAAUUUAGGUAUUGUGGUAAACUAAAUAGAAAAAGAAUUUUUUUUAACUCCCUCCCCCCCCCCCUACCCCAACCUAAAAAAAACUUUUACAUGACUUUUUCUCAAGGAAAAUAAUGCAGAAAAGUACUUUUAAAGGAAAACUGCAGUAUUAAAUAACUAGUUUAAAUCUAAACAGGAAACCUCUAAAAUAUAAAUUGCUAGAUGCUAGAUGGCUGCCUCUGACUUAUGAAUUUAUGGUCGUUGGAUUAAAAUGACUCUCUGGUUGCAGAUACAAUGCAGAUUCCUACCAUCUGCACUGGGUGGCCAAGUUCUGCAGAUGGACUAAUGGCUUCUAUAAGAAGUCCUUGACCAGUAAGGAUUGCAGUUCAAAUCCAGCCCGUGCUAAUACAUCCAUGGCUUCUGUCAUUUAUGUCAACCCAACACAGGAUUUAAGGACUUUGGGGUGUAUGAACAGUCAAUAAUCUGAUCAUGAUUAGCAGCUAAUAAUCUGGCUGGAAUUUCAACUGUUUUAUUAGUUGUCUACAUUUGUAGCCUUCAUUUUGUCAUGCAGAUCAAUUAAUGUCUUUAAAAACUGGAUUUUAUGUUUCUGCCAAAAUACACUUUUAAGUCUAAUUACUGACUUCAUAAUUAUUAUGCAUCUAGCCGGUAAUGUCCGCAUUGGCAGAAUCUCACAAUUGGGUUGUUUUGAUGAAGAAAUACUUCUGUUUUGGACCAAUCCUCAAUUUCUUUCAUCACAACAUUUGAAGUGUUAAUAUUUUUAUGUAGAGAGAUAGUGAGAGAUAAAUGGAAGUUUAUGGUGACCAAUGGCUUUAGGUUUGUAUCAUGCUCUAUGCCACACGUAUAAUUAAAAAGCUGUAAGUAAGCUGUGUACAUAUUAAAUCACCAGAUGUUUGUUAUGAUCUUAAGAUUGUGUUUGAUUUUCUUUUUCUCAUAGUCUGCUUCAGGAGCGGUAGAUCCAGGAUCAAUCCUGGGUCGGGUCACCUCUAAGGCCUUAAAAACUGGAAGUUUUAGCUUGC